CUUGUACUCCGAGGUCCAGUCUGUCGGGAGCCCCGUUUCCCUCAGGCUGCCUCUGGAGAGCCGCCUUCCAUGGGCGAGUGAGCGCGUACAGAGCCAGACAUUUGUCCAGGCACGCCACAAUCGUGCACAUCUUGAGUUUUAAAACUCUUCAUGUGUAGGAGUACUCAUACAGGAAAGACUAAAGAGGACGCACUUAGGCAAGACUCUCCAAACCAGAAAAAGAACACAUUCUGGAAACCAGAAGCUGAAGAACUGAUAUUGUCAUGGUCUGGAUUGGAAACAGAAACAUCUGAUGUAGAAAAAUGUAAACCAAGGGUGCUGCCAAGUGAAGAUUUGCCUAUGCCCUCAUCUGGGCAUCAACAAGACCAGACUGUGUCUCCAAAAAAGUCUCUCAAGUCUUCCAAGAAUCUGCAGUCAGCUUCAAAAGCUUCUCAGCAUUUAGAUAAGAGGAAACAAACUGCUAAGCAGAAACUUCCUAAGGUUAAAGUAGCUAAGAAAGUGGCGUUAAGUUCAAGGAAGGAGCUUAAAAAAUCUGUCCAGAAAAGUAGUAGUAAAAAAACUCAGUUGCAAAGAGAGAAGAGUUCUGACAGUGAACCCAGUGAAGAAGAGCAUGAAAGAGAGCCUGUACAUUUGAAAGAUGUGUGUACCACACCCUUGCGUCAGAAAUUAGAGACUCCCGUGAUUCAGAAAUUGGCUGUGUCUGAAAAGCCUAGAAAUGUGUUGCACACAUUGGAGUCACCUGGUGGUGCAAAUAACCCAUCUCCUGUGAAAGCACUACAGCAUCUCAUGGACAGUGUGAAGAAUUCAGAAAAGAAGCAGUUGUCAGCCAAGUAUUCAGGGAAGAUACCCGGAAAGAUUCCUUGCAGAACCAAUAAAGCUGUUUACUCAAACCCUGAGGACACUGAGUCUCAAACAGAUUCUGACAGCUCUUCUGUACAGAACAUGGCAAGGAAAAACCAGAAGUUAUCAGAUGUAAAAAUAAAAAAUAACAAAAGAAAACGUAACAGGCAACAUGGACCACAAUAUUCCUUUGUGGCUGAGAAGGCUGUGAACUAUGAAAGUGGGCCUGUUCUAGAACAUUGUGAUAAAUUUGAUUCCAGCACUAAGUCUUGUGAACAGUAUGAUACAUCAUCAGAGACUUUUGAUGACUUGAAUUACAAAGUGAGAGAUCCAUUGUCAGACAACAUAGCAAGGCAUAAAAUAGGAGCUGAGCAAAGGGUUGCAUUUGGAGAGUUUAUUGUAAGAUCACUGCUGCAACCUAUGAAGAAAACACUGAAGAAUCCCAUUCACUUCCAACAGUUCAGUCACCCUAAUGAUGACGACUAUCAUGACAUGGAGAUGAUAUCUCAGGAUAACAACGACAACCGGCCCGAGUGUCCAUAUGGAACAGCUUGUUAUAGCUGGUAAAUGAAAAUUUGACUCUUGGAACCUAUUCAGUGACUUGAAGGUCAGCACUUUUCAGCAUUCAGUAAACUGUUAUUUUAUAUAAAUGUAUUGUUUAUAUAUAAUUUAUUGUUACCUGGUGUUCCUGAUAUGUAACUUUUAGUUUAAAUUUUGAUAAAGUGUUUGUUGAUAUUUUGUAUAA